GGCCGCUGCCGCCUCUGCCACAGAUAAAACGUCAGUGUCGGGGUUGAAAGGGGAAAGGUCGUCAGAAACAUGGCUGCUCCCGUGGAUGACAUGUUUUCCUUAUGCGUGGACCCCGGCAAAGUUUCCAGUUGCGUGGAAGUCAGAUUUAUUGAUAAUAUCAAGGGCAAGGGUCUGUUCGCCAAAAAGAGCAUCAAGAAGGGAGAGGCCCUUUUCAUUGAGCGGCCUCUCGUCUCCGCCCAGUUCCUGUGGAAUGCUUUGUAUAAAUAUAAAGCCUGUGAGUACUGCCUACGUGCUCUGGAGACUGCAGAGGAGAAUGCAAGGAGGCUCAGCGGCAUCCCCGGACUCAGCCUUCCUCAUCCUGAGCUCUGUCGUGUUCGACCGGAGCUGCACCAAGCCUGCCCUCAGUGUCAGGUGAUGUACUGCAGCAGCGAGUGUCGACAGGCGGCAGCAGAUCAGUACCACCGGGCUCUGUGUCUGGGUCCCUCACAGGAAGAUCCAGACCAUCCCAUCAACAAGCUCAAAGAUGCAUGGAGGAGCGUGCAUUAUCCCCCAGAAACCUCCAGCAUCAUGCUUAUGGCCAGGAUGGUAGCUAUGGUCAAACAAGCCAAAGAUAAAGCACACUGGCAGAAGCUGUUUUCUCACUUCUGCAGCCGGACAGCUAACGAGGAAGAGGAGAUUGCCCAUAAGCUCCUGGGGGAACAGUUCAGAGAGCAGUUGGCCUUGUUGCACAGCCUUUUCAGGGCAGCACUUUACGAUGAUCAUCUCAGUCGGUGGUUUGUUCCCGAGGGUUUCCGCUCUCUGUUCUCUCUGGUGGGAACCAAUGGACAAGGCAUUGGCACAAGCUCCUUGAGUCAGUGGGUCCGCUGUGAUGCACUUGAGCUCCCUGCCCACCAGAGGGCGCAUUUGGACUCUUUUAUUGACCAGCUGUACAAGGACAUAGAAAAAGAAACUGGAGACUUUCUAAACUGUGAGGGCUCUGGACUUUUUCUACUUCAAAGCUCAUGUAACCACAGCUGCAUACCCAACGCCGAGGCGUCCUUCCCCGACAACAAUUUUCUGCUUCACCUCACUGCCCUUGGCGACAUCAGCCCAGGAGAGGAGAUCUGCAUCAGUUAUUUGGACUGCUGUCAGCGGGACCGAAGCCGACACAGCAGACACAAAAUUCUGAGGGAGAACUACCUGUUUGUCUGCUCGUGUCCAAAGUGUGCCUCCCAGAUGGAUGAGCUGGAUGUGACAUCGGAGGAAGAAGAGGAGGAAGAAGGCGAGGCAGAAGGUGAAACGGAGGGGGAUGAGAUGGAGGAUGAGAUGACAGAUGUCUGAUGAAAGACUCGCCCAUACUCUCAGCCGUGCCCACCGCCACGCUUAGCGACCGCGAAGCCCAGAAGAGUAAAGACCAGCACCGACCAUGAUCUGCAUUUCACCAGGACAGUCUAAACCGUGGCAAAGCCUCCUAUUAGAAACGUGUUUGUUUUAGAGAUCAGCCAGCGGAAAGCAUGCAUGAGGUACAUGUGUUUGUCAGCGUUAGGACAGUGAUAUGUUAUGGCUCUAUUUCAACACACCAGUGGUUUUGAAAUAAAACAAAGACUACGA